CAUAGAGAGGGAGAGGGGGGAGGAGUUCCUGACUUGGCCGGAGUCCGGACAGUACACUGAGCCGUGAGGUGGGGUGAAGGCGAGGGAGCAGAAUGGACCGGUGGGAGCGUUGCGCGGACACUCCAUCUGCACCACAGCGCACGGUGCCCACGGCAACGGUUUGGUCUGCCCCAGGACAGGCCUCUGGAGUUAGAGAACAGGUUUUAGUUGUGUUUGAAGAGGUAAACCCUACGCAUUCGGUGCCUAACGACCAUCGAUGAAGUUGUUGUUGUAGUUGGUGUCUUUUGAUUACCUGCUCGUGUCGCGGGGUGAGUUGGAGUAGAAGGAAACCCGUUUUUUGGUGGGGGGCAGGUGGGGGUCCGAUGCCAAAGCACUAUGGGGCUGGAUGGCAUGGAGGUCAUGGGCAUCGCCGUGGUGAUCUGUCUCUUUGUAGUCGUGCUCAAACAGUUUGGUAUCUGGGAGCCCCUGUCCCUGGAUGACGAUGAGAGCUGUGACAUGGAGCUGGAGCUUUCCAUGGUGCGACACCAGCCAGAGGGGCUGGAACAGCUACAGGCCCAGACCGCGUUCACCAAGAAGGAGCUGCAGUCGCUCUACAGAGGCUUCAAGAAUGAGUGUCCCAGCGGACUGGUGGAUGAGGAGACUUUUAAGAUUAUUUACUCCCAGUUCUUCCCUCAAGGAGAUGCCACCACCUAUGCACAUUUCCUGUUCAACGCAUUUGACAUGGACAGAAAUGGUUCAAUACGGUUUGAAGACUUUGUGAUCGGAUUAUCCGUGUUGCUUCGGGGCUCUGUGACUGAGAAGCUUCGAUGGGCCUUCAACCUGUACGACAUCAAUAAGGACGGAUACGUUACUAAAGAGGAAAUGCUGGCCAUAAUGACGUCCAUAUAUGACAUGAUGGGCCGGUACACAUGUCCCAGCGUUCGAGACGACGCGCCGGUCGAUCAUGUGGAGAGAUUCUUCCAGAAGAUGGACCGGAACAGAGACGGAGUGGUGACCAUUGAUGAGUUCAUAGAAACUUGUCAGAAGGAUGAAAGUAUUAUGGCGUCCAUGCAGCUCUUUGAGAACGUCAUCUAGGAGCAUUAUGAAAUCCUCAGAGUACACAGUGUGCUUAUUUUUAAAAGACCUCAUCGUCACCAGUAAGGAUAUUGCAUGGGACAUGAUGGUAACAGAACCCCUCCUCUUUAUUCCAAAGCUUGUUUCAGUGUAUGCCACGUUCAAUAACACUUUCAGUAACACUGUUAUGUUCUAGUUAGGAAUGCAAUUGAAUGCAAAGGAUUAUGCACAAGAAAACUUUCUACUCAAGCACAAGUUAAGAUCUUUUUAUUAUCACUUGAAAUGGGGCAACAUGGCCAAAUCAGGGAGGUUGUUUGAAGACACCAGACUGGGAUUCAUUCCUGCUCUGCGAUGCAAAUCUCAGGCGUAGGGUUAGUCCUGUGAUUGUAACUCGGGUUAGAAUCACAGGGCAACAGAUGGAUGAGUUAGUGCUGUGAUAUACUGUGUAAACCAAUCGGUUGAAUCACUUUCUAAAUGUGAAAUACUUGUUAUUUGCUCCAAAAUAAACAUCUACGUUCACCUUUAACCUUG